UGACGACCAUGGCAAACGAAAUAAGGACUACGAUUUGAGGGCAUGCACCUGGAAUGUCCGGUCCCUUAAUUGGGAAGGUGCCGCUGCCCAGCUGGUUGAUGUCCUCGUGAAAAUAAAGGCUGACAUCACCGCCGUCCAAGAAAUGCGAUGGACGGGACAAGGACAGAGACGAGUAGGUCCUUGUGACAUUUACUACAGUGGCCAUAUAAAGGAGCGCAAGUUUGGUGUUGGAUUCGUGGUGGGAGAGAGACUCCGUCGCCGAGUACUAUCAUUCACUCCGGAGAAUGAACGUCUAGCCACAAUCCGCAUCAAAGCGAGGUUCUUCAACAUAUCGCUGAUUUGCGCCCACGCCCCGACGGAAGAGAAGGACGAUGUGACCAAAGAUGCUUUUUAUGAGUGCUUGGAGCGCACUUAUGAGAGAUGCCCCCGCCACGAUGUCAAAAUCGUGCUUGGCGACUUCAACGCCAGGGUGGGCAAAGAAGGUAUCUUUGGCACUACGGUCGGUAAAUUCAGCCUCCACGAGGAAACAUCCCCAAAUGGGUUGAGGCUGAUCGACUUCGCCGGGGCCCGAAAUAUGGUUAUCUGUAGUACUAGAUUCCAGCAUAAGAAGAUACAUCAAGCUACCUGGCUGUCUCCAGAUCGAAAAACCACCAACCAGAUCGAUCAUGUUGUGAUAGACGGAAGACACGUCUCCAGUGUUUUAGAUGUGCGUGCGCUCCGAGGACCUAACAUUGACUCGGACCACUAUAUUGUUGCAGCCAAAAUUCGCACCCGCCUCUGUGCAGCAAAAAACGCACGCCAACAAACACAAGGAAGGUUCGACGUCGAGAAGCUGCAAUCACAACAGACAGCCGAACGAUUUUCUACUCGGCUUGCACUCCUGCUCUCUGAGAGCACUCGUCAACAACUUGGUAUAAGGGAACUGUGGGAUGGCAUUUCAAACUCCUUACGUACAGCUGCAACCGAAACCAUUGGUUUUCGGAAAGUGCAAAAGAACAGCUGGUAUGACGAGGAGUGCCGUGUCGCAGCGGAGAGAAAACAGGCUGCCUACCUCGCAACGUUACGAUCGACCACAACACGUGCGGGAUGGGACAGAUACCGAGAGUUGAAGAGGGAAGCGAGACGCAUUUGCAGACAGAAGAAAAAAGAGGCCGAAAUGCGUGAGUACGAACAGCUUGAUAAGCUGGCCGACAGGGGUGAUGCUCGAAAAUUCUACGAGAAAAUGCGGCGGCUUACAGAAGGUUUCAAGACCGGAGCAUACUCCUGUAGAACCCCCAAAGGUGAUCUAGCCACCGAUGCCCAGAGCAUACUUAGAUUAUGGAGGGAACACUUCUCCAGCCUGCUGAAUGGCAGUGAAAGCACAACACCAGGAGAAGACGAACCCGAUUCCCCAAUCGAUGACGAUGGAGCAGACGUUCCAUUGCCCGACCAUGAAUAAGUUCGAAUAGCAACA